AUGAGUCAAGCAGAAGAGCAUAUGUUGCGGCAGACACGACAUGGUGCACUUAUCAGGCUGGACAGCGACUAUCAAAGGUGUAAACGAUUGGUUCGAGCUGAGCUGGGAAUCCAAAGGCUCUCCGAUGAAGAAAAAAGAGUCCUCUCCUUACAGAAUCCCAAGAUAUUAGCAAGAUUAAUAGCAGAUAAAGAAGCUACGACUAAAUCAACGGACAAAGAAGCAGAUCUAGUUGAAGUGCGAAAUUUCAAACUAAACAAACUGGAAUCGUCAUUAACUCAUUGGAAAUAUUUUCGCGAGGAACAUGAUCCUGUCCUUGUCCUUGGCAUAGGAAUGAAAUAUUCAAAGAAAAAAAAGCCAUAG